AUGGAGAGUGAUGAAACCUUUAAAGAUGAGCUUAUCCUGGAUAUUUCUGGCAAGGGUUUGGACAGAAAAGACCUUUUCGGCAGUUCGGAUCCUUUCCUAGCAUUUUAUCGGAUAAAUGAAGACGGAAGGUUCAACCAUGCUUGGAAGAUCAACGGUUGGCAGCCCGACGAAGAACAGCGAGUACACCUACUGAGAGUAAUCGUAUUACGGGGUGGUCUGGAAGUAAAGUCUUACUGUCCUAUGCGAUAG